CGUAGUAGAUAGUAGCCCCAUACAACGCGAUUUUAAAUUUGAUGUAUCUUAGGCCUAGUCAUUGAUUGUUUUCACCGAAAAUAGGAAUAUAUUAACAAGAAAUAUAUUAUAUUAUAAAGAAACUACAACCUGAAAUGAAUAUCCAGUCGUCUGGUGAAGACGAAAUUCCCCAAGCCCCAGUGAUUUGUGAAUUGAAAAACAAUGUUCAAACAACUCAGGUCCUUCGACCUUUGACCACAAACCACUACGAAACAUGGCAUGUAGCGUUCUCUCAUGAUUGUAAAUAUUUUGCUUGGUCGUGUGGAAAUCGUUUGGUUAGACUCGUCCAGUGGAACAAACAGAAAAAACAAGUAGGUUGGAAUAGAAAACCUGCCUUUGUCAUCACAGACCAGGCUGGAGAGGAAAAGCCCUGGAAACAAAUUGAGUGUCCAGACUUUGUGCACGCUAUUGCUUUCGGGUCGUCGGUACCGCGGAAGAAGUGGAGGAAUGUUAAAGUCUACCAUAAGUACAACUACGAGAGUGAGAAUGAACUUAUCCUGGCGAUGGGUUUACGGAGUGGAAAAAUCCUCACAUAUGAUGUCACAAGAGAGCAAAGAAUGGUGCUGGCCGAUCACCAUCAAACCAUAAACGACCUUCGAUUCGCACCCGACGGGAGCUUGAUCCUGCUAUCAGCAUGCAAGGAUCGGACAUUGAAGGUGUGGGACAUGAAAGAUGAUGGGAACAUGAUCGUGACAUUAAAAGGCCACACUCGAUCUGUUCGCAGCUGUGGCUUCUCACACGAUGCGUCUCUGCUGGCAUCUGUCAGUGACGGCAGCUCGGUUCUCUUGUGGGACAUGAAGACAUACAAAGUGAUAAGGAAAUUAGUUGGUCAUUUCAAUGAUGUGAUUGCAUGUGAAUUCUCCCCUGACAGUGCUCUACUGAUCACUGCUUCGCGUGAUACCAGGGCGAUUCUUUGGGACCCUCAUCUUGGAAUCAAAAUAAGAGAGUUUUUGUAAGUUUAUGGUAUUUUCUUGAUGAGAUA